AUGGCAAACAAAAUGCCCAUGGUGGCACCCAUAUACCUUCCCGGAAAGGAGCCCUUGCCACCUGGACUUACAGAAGAACACCGCGAGCAGUUGAGACAAACACUCAAAUACCAAGGCUAUGUGGUAUCGGCCAUGGAAUCAUGUGUUGGUAAGGCUGCUAUAUCUGGUGUCCUGGGAUUCGGAUUGGGUGCAUUCUUUAGCCUCAUGAGCGCAUCUUUUUCCAUCGACGACCCUCUUCGCCAGACAAUGAUUGACAGAGCCGCUGCAGAACAGGCGCAAAAACUACAACAAGAAGAAGAGGCGAAAAAAGCUCGCAUAUUGGCGAAUGGAUCGAAAUCAAUCAAUGCAACUGUUCAAGCCACAACUGCCUCUACUAAUGCAAGUGUAAAUACACCGAAAAGCGCACUAUCCUCUACCGGAAUCGCAAGUAAUCUAGGCCAUGCUUCCAAUGCACCGCUUCAACAAGCCGCCCCGAAGACGGCCACACAGAAACUCCUCACGAAGCUGCCUGGUAGUAGCUAUUUCAAAGAUUUGCCACCGCCACCACCACAACUGCCAGCCCAAUCGAUGCAGAGUACAAAGGAAUUUUUCAUUCAGACAGGUCGCAGCAUGUACAGUAGUGGCAAGGGCUUCGGAAAAGUUGGUGCAUUGUAUUCAGGGAUCGAGUGCUGUGUCGAAAGCUAUCGCGCCAAAAACGAUAUGGUGAAUCCAGUUUUGGGCGGUUUCCUGGCAGGCGGUAUCCUCGCAAGGAACACUGGUCCCAUGACAGCAUUUAGCAGUGCGAUGGCCUUUGCAGCAUUCAGCGGAGCGAUUGAUCUAUUUCUCAGGCGUGAGACGAAAGAUGAAGACUAA